ACAGCGCAGCCGAGCUGAGCACCAGCCUUCGUUGUUCAUCAUCUCGCCUUGCUGCGGCGGCGGCGGCGGAGAAUGGAGGGGCUCGUCAAGAUCGGGCCGUGGGGCGGUAGCGGCGGCGACCCGCGGGACGACAUCGUCGCCGCCGGCGUCGCGCCGCACCGCCUCCAGAGCGUCGUCAUCCGCUGCCAGGGAGCCGUCGACGCCAUCUCCUUCACCUACGCCGGCGUCGACGGGGCGCCGCGCAUGGCGGGGCCGUGGGGCGGCUCUGGCGGGCAGAAGCACAAGGUCAAGUUCGGCGCGGGGGAGUUCGUCAAGGAGAUCUCCGGGACGUACGGCCCGUUCGGCGGCCACACCGUCGUGAGGUCGCUCACGUUCGUCACCAACGUCGGUAAGCACGGCCCGUUCGGCAACCCGGGGCAAACACCCUUCAGCGUCCCGGUGCAGGACGACGCCCGCGUCGUCGGGUUCUUCGGGAGGUCCGGAUCCCUGCUGGAUGCCGUCGGUGUCUACGUGCAUCCGUAAAGAGAAGUGACAAGACAUCGCCUCCGGGCUCCGGCCUUAAGGAACCGUUGCAGUGAUAUCGCGCCUCCGAGUUGCCACCUCAAUUUAAUUUCCAGUUGGGACAAUAGUAUCAAAUAUAUAUUAUAUAUGCAAAUUACUUGCAGUUGUAGGCCCUUUAAAAUAUAACCGGAAAUAUUCUAUCACACUCGAGUGUUUUA